ACGCCAAGAUGGCAGGCAAGCGAAAGUAACACUAUGGUCAUGAAGUCUUGUCAAAAAAGAUUCAGAUUUUAAUAUUACUGCUAUAAAAUGUUUUUCGUCGUUGCUUAAUCUCGAUUCAAUUUCAAUAUUUAUUGUUUUGGAGUUGAUUAAAAUCAGAGUUUAAUUGAAAAUGGAGUCGGAUUCAGCACUGCACGACGAAGUUCACGAUGGCGCGGAAGACUCUCCCUUGGAGGAAGCUCAAGCGACCGACGCAAAUGCCGACUACUCUGAAGACAAUGUUACUAGCCAAGAUUCGGAAGCAGCCACUACCGAAGAAUCGGCAACAAAUGGUGCCGCUCCAACUAGCAGUAGCGACGCCUUGGAAGAGCCUGAAUCUGCCGUUGGUGAAGCAGAAGACGACAUUCAAGAUAAUGAUGAAGCAAGUGCUGAGGCCGAGCCAGAGGAAAUGGACAUUGAUGAUACAGCUACUGGAACUGUGACAGAUGGGCCGGUUUACAUUGGGGAUAACUGCCUGUCUACACCCGCGGCAACAGAUGAUGGCUCUCCCCAAGAUGAAGAGCAUCAGAUGGACUCCCUGAAAGACCAAGGUGCCGAUGAGCUUGAGGGAAAUGAGGCUCAAGAGGAAUCUCCCGAUCAGUCAAUUAGCUCAGCUACUCCAAUUGAAGGUGGAGUUGGGGAUGGGGAGGGUGAAGGUGAUGGUGCACAAAUGGUGCAAGAUGAUGAGUCCAGCACUAUGGAUGAAGACAUGGGAGCUUGUGAAGGUGUUGCCAGCAGUGAUGAUGUCAACGACAUCAGCAGUGCUGCUCAGGAUGCAUUGAGUACAGGAAUAAGCUCAAGCACUGCUGAGGGAGGCUCGGACAUAACAAGCAGUGGUCAGACAGAGGCAGCGCUUAUAUCUUCGACAGCAAAUGGACCAGCUGGUCUACUUCACUCUUUUUCCAUCGCAGCCCAGGCGCAUGCCAAUGAGUUCGGCGAUGCGGACACAUCGGAGAUGGAGGGCGCAGCGGACACGAUGCCGUCGGUCAGCGAGUCUAUGCCAUUGCUGACGAUGGCCGCGAACGGAGCCGCGCUGCUCUCACCCGGCUUGAUGCAAGGCAAGUAGCAUUGCGAAGAGGGCGGAGCGGGCGUGUCGUCGUCUCAGGCGUCUGAGAGCGCAGCGGCGGCGGGCGCGAGCGAGGGCGAGGGCGCCGUGAGCAGCUCCGUGGCCGGCAACAACGGCACGCCGCCGCUGCGGCCCGCCGACGCCGCGCACGCGCUCGCCACGCUGGCCAGCGCCGCGCUGCACCACCACGAACAGAAUGAAGCCGAUGAGCCGAAACAAAUAAACGAUGAAGAUGCUUGGUUCACCGUGGGAAUCGUCAAAGGAACCACGUUUACGGUUCAAAACUAUUUGUCGGAUCCAAACGUGGAUCUGUCCAACUUGUCGCUGGACAACUUGCCCGACCUGUCGGGUCUGCCGACGACGGCUCUCGAGCACGGCACCGCCUACAAGUUCCGACUCGCGGCCGUCAACUCGUGCGGCAGGGGAGAAUUUAGUGAAGAAAGCGCAUUCAAGACCUGUUUACCGGGUUACCCUGGUGCGCCGUCUGCUAUAAAGAUUUCCAAGUCUGUGGAGGGCGCACACCUGUCGUGGGAGCCUCCGCAAGUGGCCGCCGAGGGCAUAUUCGAGUACUCCGUCUAUCUGGCAGUGCGCUCCAAUACUCAACCUAAGGAGGCGUCGAAGUCGCAACUGGCGUUCGUGCGCGUGUACUGCGGCAAGGCGAACACGUGCGUGGUGCCGCAGUCGUCGCUGAGCGCGGCGCACGUGGACUCCUCCACCAAGCCCGCCAUCAUCUUCCGCAUCGCCGCGCGCAACGAGAAGGGCUACGGGCCCGCCACGCAAGUCAGGUGGCUGCAAGAUGUGAAAUCAACGGGAGUAAAAAGGUCCGGCGAGGGCCGGUUACCCGGCGCGUCGCCCUCCAAACAGCCUAAACAAAUAAUGCACUAAACUGAACUCGAGUGACAGAAUCAAACAAUCCCUAGAUUUAAGUAGUUAUAUGUACAGACUGAGUGAAUAUUGUUCGAUCCACGUGUUUUAUCAAUGUAAUUAACAGGCCUUUCCAAACGUGAAAUCUCUUUCUAAAAAUCAUAAUAGCUCUCAGGGUUUUGAUUUCUUUUAUAAUUUGGUACACCAUUCAUUCCUUUCUAUUGUGCUAGAGUCUUCAAAGGAAGGCGUAAUAAAAUAAGUUAAUGUAUUCGACUUUUUACUUUAGAUUAGUUUGACUGUUUAUAUCUGCAGUGCAAAUUAUGUAA